CGCGUUGACCCCCACCCCUUCCUUUGACCCCCACCCGACCCCCCACCGCUUCGAAGACGAGAGAAGGGUCCACCCCUUUGCUCCCGGCCCACCUUUCCUCCGCCCUCCCGCGCCCUCACCUCGCGUCGCGCCGCGAUGCGCCGACGAAAAGGGCCCGACCCCGCCCCCACCGCACCGCGCCUCGCAUUCGCUUACCCAUCCACCUCUCCCGCCUCACUCCAUCUCGCCUCACCUCCUCACCUCACUCAUCUCCCCCAUCCACCCCCCCUCUCGUCUUUUCGUUUGCCCUCUCUCGCGCCCUCACCUGGCCCUCACCCCUCGCCCUCACCCCCCGCCCUCUUCUUUCCGCCCUCUCGCGUCCCCACCCCCACCUCGCGUCGCGUCGACCACUCUCUCGCAGCCCCACACGAGAGAUGGGUCCACUGGCACCCCCUCGCCGCGUCGAAGACCGUCCCCCUCGCCGCGUCAAAGACCGUCCCCCUCGCCGCGUCAAAGACCAUCUCCCUAGUCAAAGACCGUCUCCCUAGUCAUCCACCCCCCACCCCUCCUUGCCGACGAGGGAUCGCCGCGUCGAAGACCGCACCCCCACCUCGACGAGUAGAAGAAGGAUCAGCCCACCGCCGCGCCGAGUCGAGUCAAAGAGCGUCUGACGCUUGCAUCGCCCGACGAGUCGAGUCGAAGAGGGAUCGUCACACCACGCCGACGAGGAGGGAUCGCCCCGCCUCACUACGACGAGGGUCCGACCCACCGCGCCACGUCGAGUCGAGUAGAAGAGGGAUCGCCCCAUACCGCACCGCACCGCGACAAGUCGACGCCUUCAUAUGUGCCACUUCGCCUCCCACCUUCCCUCGAGUCUCUCCGACUCGCACUCUCGCCUCGCCUGGUCUCGCGUCGAAAAGGGAUCGCCCGACCUGACCGCCCUCGCGUGCAGUCGAGUCGCGUUUUCAGUCGAAGGCGAAGGAGAGUCGAGCCAAGUUGUGGAGGGAUCGCCUCGCCCCACCCCGCCCCCUCCCCACCCUCCUUCGCCUCCCCUCUCCUCUACUCAUUCAACCCCGCCUCACCCGACCCACCCCUUCCUCGGAAUCUCCCUCUCGCCCCACUCACCCAUCCCCGCCUCACCCAACACACCCCCUUCCUCGCAUCCCACCUCGUCCACCCUCUUUCACCACUCUUCCUCGCAUCCGCCUCUCGCGCCCUCUCCCAUCCCCACCUCCCUCAUCUCACAUCCCCACCUCCCGCCUCCCCCCACUCGUCUUCUCCUUUCCCCCCU